AUGAAGAGGCAUCCGCUUCUAAAGAACCCAGUCAAAUGGCUCCAAGGAGCAGCCAAGGGCCACUCUGCUGGCUUAUACGACUCAUCAGCUUACAAUCUACACGAUUUGACCAAUAAUCCUUUUGCACAAGCGUUGGCUGACCAUAGAGCUGACCAUAUGGUCAAGCGGUUCCCUAUAGGCAACAUGAUCCAGUUGGUGAUGAAGAAGAUAGAUGGACAGUAUAAUAUUGUGCCUGUUUUGGAGAAACCCAAGGCUGGCAAUAACCCAGCCAAUUACGUCUUGAAUAGAGCUUCGUAUAUUGCACAUGUUCAGCAGACGAGGUUCCUACCGGUACCACAGAAGAUACGACAGAGGGAUAAGAAGCUUAUGGGCUCGAUAAGAGUGGUUGAAGACUUCGAAGGUGUUCAUAGGAAGAAAUUGGAAGAGGCAAUACGCUCCUUGCUUGAACAGAAACAGGCUGGCGAUGGUCCUGGGCUUCGAGUUCUACCGGGACAACGAAAGAUACCAGGAAACGGUCCCGUGGAGUGGGAGGGAAAGGUUCCAAGGAUCUAUAGUACGCUCGUGGAUGAAGAGUUGUUCUUGCCGUUUGAUAAGAACCUAGAGUUGUGCCAGCUCCUUCUAAAACACGCCCAGUUUUGUGAUAUCCAGGCGCCAGAAGGCUCAGAGAGCGUAUCGACAAAGAACGCGUCAUAA